GGGGAGGGAAGAAGUUCAAGAAGGAAGAAGAACAGAAAUCAUCAAAAGAGAAGAGGAAGCAAAGGCCCGAUGUGGCUCUGUGUGUGGCUAGAGUGCGGCUGUGAAUUACACUAGGUGACGUAUUGAUGGUACGGUAUUAUUUCCGUCCGAUGAUGCUGGAAAACCCUCAAAAGAAGCAGAAGGACAACAACAGCACCGAUGGAGAACAAGUGCAUGGUUUGAUGGAUGAUUAUUAUCCACUUAUUUAGACUCACCUCAAGGGAAAGUGUCCAAUCUGUAUAUCGUGUUUUUUGCUCCAUCUUUCCCACCUGCUGUGAAGCCCCAGAGCCUCUGAACUCUCCUUCGCCACUGAAUCUCCGUCCCGCUCUUCUCUUCUCUCACAACGGUAACUUUUUUUUGAUCGGUGGUAUCUUCGACGCACGUCACAUAGCUAUCAGCUAGAUCUCAACAUGUUUUGUCUACGAAGCUGGUUACCUCUCCUAUUCAUCCCGACCAAUGCCUCCCCGCUUUUCAUUGUCUCCUUCGUCACUCUAACCUACAUUCUCCAUCGUCCAUGUAUCUACUGCUCAGCUCUUCUUCUAAUCCUCUUUAUCUCAUCCUGUCAUUGGUCAGAUCGCUGUUUCUUUGACCUUCGUGGUGACUGGUUUGCGCCUCGCUACGCUUCCGACCCGAGCGCCUCUUUGGUCGCUCCCAACGAGACAGUCGCCGGCUAUAUCUUGGAGACUGUGAAUACUACGACAAAAACCCUGGCUGGUGUAGUAGUCGACGAGGCGCAACGUCGUCUGGCGCUGAACGGGUCGUCGGCUGCCGCAGGAAUGGGCGGGUUGGGACAGGAGGAAUGGACUGGGGUUGGGCUGGAGUGGUUGCGCAGUUUGCUUGGACGACGGGAGUGGACGAUACCCUGUGUCGACGUCAAAGUCCGGCUAUAGAGAUAGUUUGCCUUGGUGCUCUACUUGCGGCCGAUCGAAUAUUUUCCUUUCCGUUUCCGUUUCAUUCUUGACAAAUCUAGAAUGGUUUCUGACAAUACAGAAUGUAUACCCCACGCCUGCCACGACGAAGAGCUUUGGAACGUCGAGCAGCAAGUGAUCCCUUUCAGCAAAAACAUAGGAUACUGAUUCAGUGGUUACUCUUUGCACUGCCUUCGAACUUUUCGCCCGCGCGUAUAUCCUCCGCACUUCUGUGCGACAGUUGACCGGGUUUGACGUUUUCUUGGAAGGCAUUGUAUAUAAAUAAACUCUAAUAUAUUCAUCUGCUAAAUAGCUUCAAAUAGACAAAGUUCAUAUUCGA